AUGGCAAACGAUUUGCAAAUAGAAGACCAACCGGUACUCCCACCAGACCCUUCGCCGAAGAAGCUUGACGAAAAAGAAGAGACCGAGGAUGAUAGCAACUCGCAAAUGGAAAUCCAACCUGUUCCUCUUCCCAAUAUAGCUACCAAGCGCCAGAGGGGAGAUACUGGCACUCCUCCAGUUGCCCGCAAGAAACGUAAGAGCGACCUAAACGUAUCAAGCGAGGACAAGAGCCCGAUAUCUGUCCUAAAUGAACUACGUUCAGGUCUCAAGUAUGAAAUCGUGGAAGAAUCGGGGCCCCCUCAUAGCCCUACAUUCAAAGUAUGUGUGGAAGUAGAUGGACAAAAAUACUAUGGCACAGGGAACUCUAAAAAAGCUGCACGAAGUGAAGCUGCAGCAGAGGCUAUAAAGUCUUUUAUUCAGUUUCCCACAAAUGGAACCAUUUUGUCCACAAACUCUGUGUCCCCAUCAAAGAUGGAUUUUACUUCAGAUUUGGAGAAUCAAAAAAGGAAAUCAAUAUUGAAGAACAAGGAGUCCAAGGGACCCCUCAUGUUGUUGAAUGAGUUAUUUCCAAAUUCAGAAUUUUCAUGCAUUUGUAAUGAAAAUGACCCUUAUGCAAGGUUCAAAAUCACACUGACCAUCAAAGGUGAGACAUUUGUGGGAACAGGGUCCAACAAAAAACUGGCUAAAAAUGCAGCUGCAUCAGCUGCUCUUAACAAACUCAUCAAUUACUCUUUCACACCACCAAAUGUUUCAAUCAGUGAUGCCCCUUCUGUUACCAAGGAAGACCAAGAGAUUGCUGACACUGUUGGAAGAAUGGUGAAUGAAAAAUUUGCUACCCUAAUGGCCAAAGAUAUAGCACAUAUGAAACGCAAAGUAUUGGCUGGCAUAGUAAUGACAAAGGGUUUAUCUUUGGAUACUGCUGAGGUUAUUUGUGUCACUACAGGCACAAAAUGUGUAUCUGGAGAGUACAUCAGCAUACAGGGGGCUUCACUUAAUGACAUGCAUGCUGAAAUACUUGCUAGGCGCUGCCUGAUCAAAUAUUUAUAUAAGGAACUGGACAUCUUCCUGGAUUCUGCUACCAGCUCUCAGUCAAUUUUUGAGUCAAAAGAUGAUGGUAAUGGAUAUCGUCUCAAACCUGGCAUUGAGUUUCAUCUGUACAUAAACACAGCACCUUGUGGAGAUGCUAGAAUUUUCAGCCCACAUGAAGAAAACACAGCUAUGGAUAGACACCCAAAUAGGAUUUCUAGGGGGCAACUCAGAUCUAAAAUUGAGUCAGGGGAAGGCACCAUCCCUGUGAAAAAUGCAGCUUCAAUUCAGACAUGGGAUGGUAUAGUUCAAGGUGAGAGACUACUGACCAUGUCUUGCUCAGACAAGAUCUGCCGUUGGAAUGUCCUAGGACUGCAGGGGGCGCUGUUGUCGCAUUUCAUUGAGCCCAUUUACUUGAGAUCCAUAGUACUUGGCAGCUUACUGAAGCAAACACAUUUGUACAGAGCCAUCUGUGGUAGAAUUGAGGAUAGUCUGCAGGGAUUGCCUCCACCAUACCUCUUGAAUAGACCAUUGAUGCUGAGAGUGACUUCUAGUGAAAAUAGGCAGCCCCAGAAGGCACCAAAUUUCUCAGUAAUAUGGACUGAAGGGCUUGAGACCCCUGAAAUUGUCAACUCUACUACAGGCAAGCCAGAAGAAGGAGUGUCCAUAGUAUGCAAACAAAAGUUGGUCAGUCUGUUUGCCAAGUUGUGUGGAAAACUUUCCAGUCUGACAAAGGUGAAUAUCACACCUGCCACCCUGAUGGAAGCCAAAGAGUCUGCAGGGAAUUAUAAUGAGGCUAAGAAAACUCUGUACCAGGCAUUUGUGAGAUCUCAGCUGGGUAGCUGGGUCUCCAAACCCAUUGAACAGGAUAUGUUUGACAUUGCAUCAUCUGAAGCUUAG